AUGCAUUUAGCAUAUUCUCAAAAAGGACGAGAGUGGCGAGUAUCAGAAGGACAGAUAUCUACGGUCUCUGACAGAAGUGUGCUUGAUACAUGUCCUCUUAGAGUGAUUGAUCCUCUUUCUCCUGAACUUCUCCGAUUCCAUAAACCGGAUUACAAUCCAAAGAAAGGUUGCGUAGAGUACAAACCCCUGACUGCUCUCAAAAAAGGGAAAGUCGAAAUGCUGACGAACGAAACUUCAUGCAAAGCCAGGUGUUUGUUCCCAAACAGGGACUUCGAUCCAUUCGGAGGUGAAUUCCAAGAGCUCCCUACGAACCGGACCUUUGAAUGCGACCUUGUUGAGACAGAAUGCAACAGAAACAACUUUGACCCAAAGGACAGGACCGAACGUUACCUACACAUGCAAAUCCACGAAAACAGCACGGAGGAGACAAAACAAAACAGUUCGUUGCCGAACGUUUAUGUUGUACUUCUUGAUUCAACUUCGUCAUUCAUGGCCAAGAGGUGA